GUUUUAUAAAACCCAAAACACUUUCCCUCUCUUUCUCCAAAGAAACAGAGAAAACUUCUUGAUUCCUAUGGAGAUAACUGUUAUAGCUUCGUCGUCAAUGGACGGAGGAAUCGGAAGAUGGGAUCUGAAAACCGGGAACGAGCAGCUUCGGUUCAAGCAGUGCGCCUCUCCCGCCCACGGCCUCACCGCCGUCGGAGAGAAAUUCAUCGCCGCCUCUCAGCUCCAUAGCGCAUCCGGUUCAUCUGGCUCCAUUUUCUUCUGGUCCUGGAACAAGCCUCAAGUGGAAGUUAAGAGCUUCCCCGUGGAGUCAAUAACGGCUCUUGUAGCAAACAGUGAAGGCACUUAUAUAGUUGGGGGUGGAGCCUCUGGUGAUAUCUUUCUUUGGGAGGUUGCGACUGGGAAGCUGCUAAAGAAGUGGCAUGCUCAUUACACUUCAGUAACGUGCUUGGUGUUCUCUGGAGACGGUUCUUUUUUGGUUUCAGGGUCUCAAGAUGGGUCCCUUAGAGUCUGGUCUCUUAUAAGGCUAUUUGAUGAUCAACAAAGGCAUCAACAGCAAGAGAGAACUCUCUAUGAACACAAAUUUGAUGAGCAUACGAUGACUGUUACCGAUAUUGUUAUAGACUAUGGUGCCUGCAAUGCUUUGUUAGUUUCUGCUUCCAGAGAUAAUACAUGCAAGGUUUGGAGCCUGUCACAGGGGAAAUUGUUGAGGAGUAUAAUCUUUCCUUCAGAAAUCAAUGCGCUUGCAUUGGACCCUGGCGGCUCUGUGUUCUAUGCUGGUGCCGAAGAUAGCAAUAUCUAUAUCGGUGCCUUAAAUUCCUCAAGUGACUAUUAUGCGACAGAAGCUCUUGGUUCAGUAUCCGACACAAGGAAACCCAUUACUUGCUUAGCUUAUUGCACAGACGGAAACCUUUUGAUUUCUGGAUCAGAAGAUGGUGUUAUUUGUGUUUGGGAUACCAGAUCAAAUAAACCUGUUCGUACUUUCACUUUCGGCCAUGGAAAAGGACCUGUGAACAAUAUUCAAGUUGUCAGAAAAACGAUUGUUGGUAAUUCCAACAAAUCACAAUCUUCCUGGAGAAGAAAUGUUGUUUCUUCGUUACCUCCUCCUCCUCUGGAAAAAUACGAAAGAAAAGGAGAUGAUGCCAUGGAUGGUAUAGUCAUCGUUGAUCCGCCUCCGUUUGCUAAUGAUGUUCCUGUUUACUCUUCUUACCACAGUGCUGGCCUUAUUCAAGAGCAAGUUAGAGAGAUUCAGCAACAAGGCUCCGCAGCAACGGAGAUCGAAAUGGAAAGUUUGAAACUUGAGUACAAAAAAUCUAUACAGAUGAAUGAUCAAUGGCAGAAGAACUAUGAGGAUUUGCUCCAGGUGGUUAUGGAAGUAGAGCUAAACGGUGGUUCCAAUUGAAAGCUUUUAUUUAUUGUUAUUUUUCCUGCAUACUUUUGAAAUUGUAUUUAGAGUAUAUUUUAGUCAGAUGGAAUUUGAAAUUGCAGCUAAAGAUGUUUUAUUAA